AUGUCGCGACAGGUUGCCAACAUCAACUUGCCGAAGCCCCCUCCCUCAGCCGAGUUCCUCGAGACUCCCAUUAGUUUAUAUACUACUUCAGACACCUUCCGAGACGAGCGCGAGGUCUUUGUUCGGGAUGUCCGCGAUGAGCUUCACAGAUUCACCAUUGAAAAGGAAGGCCUCGAAUUCCUCCAUGAUCCCGUCGAUAUCCAAAACUGGGACGACGAGGACGAAGUGCGAGAAGUUUUGCUGAAGAAGACGCCUGAAUUGAUACUCAAGCGACUCGGCGCCAAAUCCAUCUUCCUCACAGCCGAACGCAUCCGCCGCUCCGUCGACAACUCCACCAAAUCCGACACGACUCCCGUCUUCGCCAUCCACGGCGACGCAACCCGGCAAUCCGGCCUCGAACUCCUCCGUACCAGCCUCGAAAAAAUGUCUCCAACCGAACGCUCAAAACUCAAUCUACCCUCUUCCCUCACCACCACCACCACCACCAACAACACCACCAACACCGGCCGCGUAAUGUUAAUCAACGUCUGGCGACCCCUCAAAACCAUCACACGCGACCCUCUAGGUUUUCUCGUGCCAAGCAGUAUUAAUGCCUCAGAAGAACGGCACGAACAGCUCUUUUCGCGACCAGCAGAUACAUUCAAAGUAUUUGGGAAACCUUUGGGAGAUUAUUGGUUGGAUACGGCGAGUUAUGGGGAACAGCACGAAUGGGUGUUUUUGCGACAUCAGAAGAGAGAGGAGCCUGUUAUGUUUGUGCAGUGGGAUAGUGAGGGAGUUGAAGAGGGGAAAUUUGAGAAUCGGAUGAGUGUGUUCCAUUCGUGUUUUGAGGAUGAGGAGUAUUGUGGGGAUGAAGGGAGGGCGAGUAUGGAGUUGAAGUGUUUGGUGUUUUUUUGA